GCACUUUCUGGUUUCUUCUUUGUGACGGCCUGUUCUGCUGACUGACAACAUCUACUCUGACCCUGUGGAGGAAACUACUCUGUCUCUUUUUAUUUCUUAACCUUCACUUGCUUUGUGCUGAUCGGUGACUUGUCCACUUUUGGGAGCAGCUGUUGGUGGUUGAGCAGGCAGGCUUCUGGGUUUUGUGUGUGUGUGUUUGUGUAUGCGUGAGUCAGUAUGCCAUGUCGUCCCCUGGCACGUCGUUUGUGCAGAUAAAGCAUGAGGACCUGCUCUUCUAUGAGAACUGCGGAGGAGGCAGCUUUGGGAGCGUCUACAGAGCCCUCUGGAUAUCCCAGAACAAGGAAGUGGCUGUGAAGAAGCUCCUGAAGAUUGACAAAGAGGCUGAGAUUCUCAGUGUCUUGAGUCAUAAGAACAUCAUUCAGUUUUAUGGAGCCGUGCUGGAAUCUCCCAACUAUGGCAUUGUCACAGAAUAUGCCAGCGGAGGGUCUCUGUACGAUUACCUGUCCAGUGAGCAGAGUGAGGAGAUGGACAUGGAGCAGAUCAUGACAUGGGCCAUACAGAUAGCCAAAGGGAUACAUUAUCUCCACGCUGAAGCUCCGGUUAAAGUCAUUCACAGAGACCUCAAGUCACGGAAUGUGGUAAUGACGGCAGACAAAGUGCUGAAGAUUUGUGAUUUUGGGGCAUCUAAGUUCCUCUCUCACACCACUCAUAUGACAGUGGUGGGGACUUUUCCCUGGAUGGCUCCUGAAGUCAUUCAGAGCCUGCCCGUGUCUGAGACCUGUGACACCUACUCCUAUGGUGUGGUGCUCUGGGAGAUGCUGACUCGGGAGGUUCCUUUCAAAGGUUUUGAAGGGCUGCAGGUUGCAUGGCUGGUGGUAGAAAAACAAGAGAGGUUGACCAUCCCCACCAGCUGUCCAGCAUGUUUUGCAGAGCUGCUGAGGAAAUGUUGGCAAGCAGACCCAAAGGAGCGUCCACAGUUUAAGCAGGUGCUGGUAACCCUGGAGACCAUGGCCAAGGACAGCAGUCUACCGGACCAGUGUAACUCCUUCCUACAUAACAAGGACCAGUGGAGGUGUGAGAUUGAGUCGACCUUGGAGCGCCUUCGGAAGCUGGAGAGGGAGCUUUACUCCAAAGAGAAGGAGCUGGAGGAGAGAGAGAGGAGGCUCAGGCUGUGGGAGGAGAGGCUUAUGGAGAGGUCCAACAUGACUCCAAGUCCGACCUCCCUACUCAUGGAGCACACAAACAUCUCACCAUUUUUCACACCACUGUCCAUCGGUUCCUCUGGUUCCUUCUUCCGCUCACACUCUCAGGACUCCAACAGUGGAGUCAGCAGUGCAGGAGUCAGCUGUCUCCUCCGCACCCUCAGCAAUGGAGACACAGAGAGGGGGAGCAGUACAGUGCUGGACAGGGGGAUGGGUGUGCUUGACGGCGGGAGACUGCACACUAUGCUCCGGGGGUUGCAGGGCAGGUUCGGAGAGGAAGACGAGAAAGAGGAAAGCAGCCUACAGGAGAAAGGCUGGGGGAAAAGGGAAAGCGAUGAUAGUGGGAGCGUGGAGGGAGGAAGGGUGCAGGUGACACUCCGGAGCUUUCCAGGUGGUGUAGUAGAGAGGGAGGAGCGGACGUGGGGGGAUGGGGACAGGGAGAAAGGUGGGAUGCAGAGGAGCAGGGUGACCACCAUAGUCCGAGGAUACUCAGGGGGGUUUGGAGAGGCAGACAGUGAGAGGGAGAAAGAGGGAGGAUGGGAGAUAGAGACGCUGGGGGACAGGCUUGACGAGAGAGGGCUAGAAGGAGGGCGGCUCCCAACCAUGUUCAAGGGUAUCCAUGGGAGUUUGGGAGGCCUGGGGGACAUGUUGUCCGUAGACAUGGAUGAGAUGGGCGAGAUGGAGAGACUAGGUGACAUAGACAUGAACAUAAAUGACCUGGGUGUCAUGAAGGUCAUAGGUCACGGAGUCAGGAGUGGAGUGGGGGUCAGGGGUCGCAGCGGUAAUGUGGGGGUCGUCGUCCAGGGAAUCCGAGGUGACCUCAGUGAGGCCAUCAGCCAAAAGAUUAGAGGUGAAGUGGGUGCCAUGGGCCCCUCGGGGGUGCAGGUGAGCAUGCAGGCUUCAUCCAAUCAGAACUCUAUGAAGAGCUGCAGGGUGCGGCACGGAACCAAGAUCAACAUGGCUACUGCAGCCGUGGACAUGAUGGAGCUCGACUGGUCUGACAGUGACUAGAAAACACAUUAGCGCACAGAAAACACACAGAGGCCAAACUAGAAAGAUUUAGACAUGUUAGCACAUACUGUACUGAGCUACCGUAUGUGUAUUAGAAUCUCCAGUUGAAAGAAAGCUGGUAUACACACUUUUGUUAUUUUUUUUUAUUGAACGGAUGGUAACUACACCCAUGUGUACUGUGAAGUAGGAAAGAGCAAAGAGACAGAGGUUGUCAGAAUAACUUCACCUGUGUAAUUUAACGUGCUAUUAAAACUGCUGAGUGACAUACUGUAAGAGGUACAAGUGUUACAAAAUAACGCACUUGAAUGCCGCUUUAAUAAGGCAGCACUGCCUCAUUUUUAUUUUCCUGCUUAUAGUUUAUAGAUGUGAUUUGUUUAAAAUAAGCUUUGACUUUACCAGUUCUAACUGUGAUCUAGUGUGUGCAUUUUUGGCAGUUUCUGUAUAUUUUACUAUUUUUCAAUAAAAUGAUAAGAAAUUCUGGUUCCAGUACUGUGACGUUUCUCUACUCAAGUUAGUCUCCAUCUU